CAGAGUACAAAGAUAGCGAAAGAUGUCACCGAAUUGAUCGGUAAGACCCCGUUGGUGUACCUGAACAAGGUGGUAGCUGGGUGCGAGGCGCGUAUAGCUGCUAAGCUUGAGAUCAUGGCGCCCUGCUCCAGCGUUAAGGACAGGAUUGGUUACAGCAUGAUCGCCGAUGCGGAGGAGAAGGGCCUGAUCACCCCUGGAAAGAGCGUCCUGAUCGAGCCGACGGGCGGGAACACGGGCAUCGGGCUGGCGUUCAUGGCGGCGGCCAAGGGGUACAAGCUGAUCGUGGCGAUGCCGUCGUCGGUGAGCACGGAGCGGCGGGCCGUGCUCAGGGCCUUCGGCGCGGAGGUGGUGCUCACCGACCCGCUGCUGACCAUGGACGGCGUGGUGCGCAAGGCCGAGGAGAUCGCGGCGCGGACGCCCGGCGCCUACGUCCUCCAGCAGUUCGCCAACCCCGCGAACCCCAGGGUCCACUACGAGACCACCGGGCCGGAGAUCUGGAGCGCCACGGCGGGCAAGGUGGACGUCCUCGUCGCCGGCAUAGGAACCGGCGGCACGAUCACCGGCGCCGGGAGGUACCUCAAGGAGAAGAACCCUGCCAUCAAGAUCUAUGGCGUGGAGCCGUCGGAGAGUGCGGUGCUGUCCGGAGGGAAACCCGGUCCGCACAAGAUCCAGGGCCUCGGCGCCGGCUUCGUCCCCGGCGUGCUCGACGUCGGCCUCCUCGACGAGGUCUUCCAGGUCUCCAACGAGGAAGCCGCCAGCAUGGCGAAGCAGAUCGCCCUGAACGAAGGGCUACUGGUCGGGAUAUCGUCGGGCGCGGCGGCCGUCGCCGCCGUCCGGGUCGCCAGGAGGGCCGAGAACAGGGGCAAGCUCAUCGUCGCGAUCUUCGCGAGCUUCGGCGAGCGGUACCUGUCGUCGUUCAUGUACGAGUCCCUCAGGAACGAGGCUGAGAGCAUGGCCUUCGAGCCAUGA